AUGCCGCGUGGUGACUUGUAUAACUUCUUGAAGAUAAGGGACGCCAUAGAUUCUGUGGGUGAGAAAGUGAACUUAAUCGGCGUCGUCCUCGAGUGUGGUUUCCCUAGGAAAACCAAGGGCACUGAUUGGUUUUGUUCGGUCCGUAUAAUUGACGAGACGCAUCAGGAUCCUGGGUUACCAGUUAACGUUUUUACACAAACUAGGCAUCAACUUCCCCGUAUUUUGUCGGUUGGAGACAUAAUUCAGUUCCAACGCGUUUCGAUGAAAAUUCAUGAUGAUAAGAUAAAUGCUGUUUUUUACAAGAAGUACUCUAGCUUUGCAAUAUAUGAAGGAAGGGAUGGUAGAAAUUUAGUUCCUUACCAAACUUACGAAACAUUUCGCGAGAAAGACCUAGACAAGAAUUUUGUGAUAGACUUGAGAAGAUGGUUGCAGAAUUUUCAGUUUGAUGAAGGUGCAAAUUAUUUCUCAUUGAUCAGAGAAAUUAAUGGAGGUGAAAGCUUUAAUUUGGUUUGUAAAAUAAUUCAUAUCCAUGAGGGUGCUGGAAAUGAAUGGAUGGCCUUUGUUUGGGAUGGAACUGAUGCUCCACCAUCCAAUAUUCUUCAAAAGCUUGAAGAUGAAAUGCAUCACCCACUUCCCCUACAUCUGGAAUCACUGCCUUUGUCAAGAGAUACCUUAUGUAGCUUUCCUUCUGUCGGAACUGUCUUAAGAGUGGUAUCUCAAGACAUUGAACAUGACAACCUUCGCUUGCUAAAAACUGGGGAGUGGGUAAAACUUUUGAAUUUGCUAUGUGAAGUGCAUGCAGGGUUAUGGCGUUGUGUGUUGACAGCGUUCACAAAGCUUCGAUAUACACCAAAUGAGGACCGUCUCAAAAUUGAGCGGCAAAGGUUAUAUGAUGAAAGAUUAUCACGAAGUCCGCAAAGUUUAAGGCGGAUGCCAUUUUGGAGCUUACCUUGGCCUUCUCAAGUGACAGAGGUUGAUGGUGAUGAUGAUGAUGACCAUGCGAUAUUUCUUACCUUAAUGGAUGUCCUCACAAGUUCAGAGGUUACAGCCAGUUUCAAGUGUGUAGUUCGAGUCAUAGCAGCUUUCCCAUGGCAGGCUAAGGACUUCUGCUUUCCUGCUGGGAUUGACAGAAUUAGGCUGACUCUGGAGGACUCAACUGCUAGAAUUCAUGCUUUCUUGUAUGCAGAAGAUGGGGUGAAGUUUUUUGAUGGCCAGUCCUCUGUUAAGGCAUUGGAGAGCAAACUUAAUGCAUUGUUAGGAGUGAUUGCAGAUAAUGAUGGGGAGCAAAAUGACACUCGCAGAAAUCCCCCAUGGGUACAAAUUUGUCUAAAAUCUCAAAGUGACAAAUCGGGAAGUAGGCACUACCGGAUUUUUAGCACCAAGCUGGUGGCCUGA